UGCUUAUGAAUUCAAUAGAGACUUAAAAAGAUGGGUAUUAAGUUUCCCAGGGGGUAGUAUCUAAAAUAAUGUUCACAAUUAAUCCUAGCCGCUGUUCAGGUCUGUCUGUCAUUGAAUCCCGACAUCACAUUCAGGUUCCAUGAUGCUAUCCCGGCAACUUUUACUCAUCUGUGUCCUUUCUACAGUGGCACUGCAUAACUUUGCUGUACAAGGUUCAAGUACUACUGAAACUCCAACCGAGGCAACUUCAGCGUCAUCUGAUAGCUCAACCGCUGCAGCCGCUGCUUCUUCAACUGCAUCAUCUGAUAGUACAACGGCUGGUGGUGCAGCUACCACAACUGGUGGUGCCGCUACUACAGCUGGUGGUGCCGCUACCACAACUGGUGGUGCAGCUACCACAACUGGUGGUGCCGCUACCACAACUGGUGGUGCCGCUACCACAACUGGUGGUGCCGCAACCACAACUGGCGGUGCCGUUACCACAACUGGUGGUGUCGCUACUACAGCUGGUGGUGCCACUUCUACAGCUGGUGUUGCUGCUACUACAGCUGGUGUUGCUGCUUCAACUGGAAAUUCAACCGGAUCAUCUCAACAACAAGACAGCAGUGGUUGUAUAUACUACAUCAAUGGAGCCCUGCUUAUCGCCUCUCUCGUUAUGGCCAGAUUUUGGAUGAGCAACUGAUGCAGUUUUCCUUAUCUAUCUAGCUGUUAUAACUAUGCAAUGAAACCAAUGAAAAUGACCGCUACAAUGUAGUGCGAUGACUCUUACAAAUUGUUUUUACCGUCAAAUUUUGUUGCCAUAGCAUCAACUGUUUUUAUUUUUUACACAUUUCGCCUAGAUAACGGCCGUCAGGUGAGCAGAAAAAAGAAAAAAAAAAAAGAAAACUUGCUCAUCUGACUAACUUUUGUAAAGCGGAGAUGUUGAUUGCUUUGUUACAAUGUAUUUCUGAAUAAAUUUAAUAUUCUUUUUACUUGAAA